UCAAUCGGUGGAACAUGUUGAAAUGGCAGUCAUCCGGAUGAGAUUUUUCCUGGUGUCAGCGCAAGUGACUUGAAUUGUUGGGAGCCAAGAGCCCGUUCUCGCCGUGAUGCACUCGAUCCUUGCUCGCUCGCUGCGCCGCGCCGCUCGCCCUGUUUCGACGAUGGCAAUGGCGCCGUUCUCCACGGUUGGUUUGACGUUGGAGAAGGCGGUGGAAUCGCUGCCGCAUCGUGAAGCUGUCCGCGCGUUCAACAACGUCGACCGCGACGACGACUUGCGCUUCAGCUACCAGGAAUUCAAUCAGUUCGUGAACGAGCUGACCAACGGUUUCUUGGAGCUGCAAUUCAAAAAGGGCGACACGAUCGCAUUGUGGCUGCCCAACAACGCGGAAAACUUGGUCGCGCAGUUUGCUGCUGCCAAGGCCGGGCUCAACAUCGCGGCCGUCGACCCGUCCAUCUCGACGGUCGAAGAAUUGGAAUUUGUGGUCAAGGACAGCAAGGCCGUCGCGUUGCUUUUCGAUCCCAAGAACAACGAAGCAAACUCGACCGACGUGGCCAAGCAAGUGUUUGAAAACCAGCCGUACGCGAGCCACUUUCACACUGUGAUCACGACAGCAAUUGACCCUGUCCAUAACUUCCUCCAAUUCCGCCGCAUGCUCGUGAACGCGUUGGAAUCGUACUACGCCGAAGAGCGCACUGCCCAAAUCGAUGCUACCACGCCCCUCGUCGUGUCCUAUACCCGCAACAACGGCCAAAAUCCGACCCGCGGCGCCGCCUUGACCCAUGGCGACGUGUUGAAGCAAGCGAAGGACAUUGUGAACUCAGUCAAGUUGACCUCGAACGACAAGAUCCUGUUGACGGACGUGCCCGCUGGCUUUGUGGUCGCAUCCGUCGCGGCGGCCCUGACCAACUCGAUGGUCGUGCUUGCGCCGCCUGCGUUGAAGAGCCAUGCCGUGAGCCUCGAAUCACCCAACGUCACAACCGACGCCAAGGCCGCCGAGUACAAGCGAUUGUAAUAAACUCUUCAUCGCGGGCCGAUUAAAGAUAAAAUGUGGCAUUCUUUGUCGAA